GGCCCGACCGCGCGGGGAGGCGGCUGCCGAGACAAAGCCGAGCCCGGGAGGGGCCCCGCUUCGCUCCGGGGAUGCCGCGCUGCGGAACGGCGCUGCUUCUCCUCGGGGCUGCCCCGCUGCCCACCUGCGGGAUGCGGCGGAGCCCGGUGGGAGGCGGGAUGUGCGGCGAGCGGCGGGAGCCGCUGCGCGACCCGUCUCGGCUCCGAUCGGGGUCUGGAGCCCUCCGCGGUGCUUUGGGCUUGCGUGGAGUUGGGGCAUCUGCGCACCUUGGCGGAACGAACGGUCGGGUUUGGGGAAAAGCAACCGGCAGAAGAGUGGAGCCCGUCACGCUCGGAUUGAGCGGCGCCGUGCCGGCCGUUAUCAGAUCGGGGAGGGUGCUGAAAUUCCAUUUUUGCAAAGGAGGCUAUAGGGAACUCGGGGAGAGCAGGAGAAACCCCUGUGGAUGCUGUGCUGUGGGUGGAGGCAGUAAGCCCCAGGGCAGAUCCCACAGCUCGUGCUUGGUGUUUGUAUCCCUUGGAGCACCGCCAGCGGCCGGGAUGAGGCCAGCAACCUCACCAUGCCAUCCUGCAUCCCCAGCAGCUCGCCUGCUGCCCCUCAGCCCCCACACCACCACAGAGGGCCCAGGCUGCCUCUGAGUGCCAGCCGCCCCGCCAUGGAGUCGCUCAUCGUGGUGACCGAGUGUGAGGCGACGGCGAGCGAGGAGGAGAUGAGCGUGGCUGCUGUGGAAGAAAGCCGCGAGCCCAGGGCGAAGCUGAACCUCUCUGGCCGAAAGCUGUCCCUGCAGGAGCGCUCGCAUCCCGCACGCUCCCCUGGAAGUGGCGACAGCGAGCGCUUCAUCUACCCGUCCCUCCCCUACUCACCAGUGACGUCCCCACACUCGUCCCCGCGCCUACCGAGGCGGCCGACAGUGGAAUCCAACCGCGUCUCCAUCACGGGGCUGCAGGACUGCGUCCAGCUCAACCAGUACAAGCUGAAGGAUGAGAUUGGGAAGGGCUCCUAUGGAGUGGUGAAGCUGGCCUACAACGAGGACGACAACACCUACUAUGCAAUGAAGGUUCUCUCCAAGAAGAAGCUGAUGAGGCAGGCGGGCUUCCCCCGCCGCCCUCCACCCCGUGGAGCCAAAGGUGCCUCAGAGGGCUGCCUGCAGCCCCGAGGCCCCAUUGAGCAGGUUUACCAGGAGAUUGCCAUCCUGAAGAAGCUGGACCACCCCAACGUGGUGAAGCUCGUGGAGGUGCUGGAUGACCCCAGUGAGGACCACCUGUACAUGGUGUUCGAACUGGUGAAACAAGGCCCCGUGAUGGAAAUCCCCACCCUGAAACCUCUCAGUGAGGACCAGGCUCGGUUCUACUUCCAGGAUCUGAUCAAGGGCAUUGAAUACUUGCACUACCAGAAGAUAAUCCACCGGGACAUCAAGCCUUCCAACCUCCUUGUGGGGGAGGACGGACAUGUUAAAAUUGCCGACUUUGGUGUCAGCAAUGAGUUCAAAGGAGCCGAUGCCCUCCUGACCAACACGGUGGGCACCCCUGCCUUCAUGGCCCCAGAGACGCUCUCAGAAACCAGGAAAAUCUUCUCUGGAAAGGCUUUAGAUGUCUGGGCAAUGGGAAUCACGCUGUACUGCUUUGUGUUUGGGCAGUGUCCUUUCAUGGAUGAAAGGAUCCUGAGUUUACACAAUAAAAUCAAGACCCAAAUAUUGGAGUUUCCAGACCAGCCAGAAGUUACAGAUUUCUUGAAGGAUCUGAUCAUGCGGAUGCUGGAUAAAAAUCCUGAGUCAAGGAUUUCAGUCCCUGAAAUCAAGGCAAGUACCUUGCAGCAGCCUUUGGCAGGAGAUUUCUGGCCCUUCGCCCCUGCGGGAACCUGGAAGGGGCGAGAAGCUGAGAAAAUGGAGACGAAGUUGCAUCCGUGGGUCACCAAGAACGGAGCGGAGUUGCUGCCCACUGAGGACGAGAACUGCACACUUGUCGAGGUGACAGAGGAGGAGGUGGAGAAUUCAGUCAAGCACAUCCCCAGCCUGGCCACCGUGAUCUUGGUUAAAACGAUGAUCCGGAAGCGGUCCUUUGGGAACCCGUUUGAGGGCAGCCGGCGGGAGGAGCGUUCGCUGUCGGCCCCUGGAAACCUGCUGCCCAGGAAGCAAGGCAGUGAGGAUAACCUGAAAUGCAACGACUUGCCCAACGUGGGAGAGGAGGAAGUCCUUUCAUGACCGGCGGCUUUAUGGUUCUGUUGAGCUGAACUCGGUCCGGGGCACUUCAUCGAGUGUGCAGCUGAGGAUGAGUGGCAUAACAGAGCCCCACCACCCCCAGCAUGACACGGCGCUAUUUCAGUGUAACGCUGGAUGUAGAGUUUGCAUAGCAGCAUGUUUAAGACAUCCGACUACCGUACCCGUCAUUGACCAUCUCUGAUUGCUUGGACUUCUCAUGGGGGGAAAAAAAAAAGGUGCUGACUGAUCCCAGAGUGGUGUGGGAUGGUGUUGAGCAGGCAAACCAACUGCGUUUGGAACUGCUUUUGCCUGGUUUUCAUGCCAAAGGGAUCUCCCACCAUCCCAGGGGCAGUGUGUGCCUGCCUUGUGGGGGCAUGCAGGACCGAGAAGCUUCUGCAGAGCGCAGCAGGGAAACCACACUCAUGUGCUUGGAGGGUUGUUGCAUCUAUUUCUUGUUGUUUGGUUUCGGUUUUAAUUGACGCCUUUUUAACUGCAUGAGAACAAAGCAAAAACCACCUUUCCAGCUUUUUUUUUUUUUUUUUUUUUUAUAAAA